UCCCCCCUUUAAAUACGCAGGACAGAGUACCCAUGUAAGCAGCAAUGCUCCCACUCUCUGUUUCCCUCUGUUUCUCUCUCUGCGCUAGAGCUAGAGCUGAGUUUCGCGUCGCUUAAAGGGUGCGAACCGUUUAGCCGCGUCGCCGCCGCCGCCGCCGAUUGUAGCGGAAGCCGCCAUGGGAACGCAAGGCCUGCCCGAUGAGAAGUCCGGCUACCGCCACUCCAUUGAGGAGAAACUAGCGAAGCAGAAGGAAAUCGACGACUGGCUUCCCAUCACCUCUGCGAGGACCGCGAAAUGGUGGUACUCGGCCUUCCACAAUGUCACGGCCAUGGUCGGAGCCGGCGUCCUCAGCCUCCCCUACGCCAUGUCCGAACUCGGAUGGGGUCCUGGUGUAGCCGUGCUAGUCCUGUCAUGGGUCAUCACCCUGUACACGCUGUGGCAAAUGGUCGAGAUGCACGAGAUGGUCCCCGGGAGGAGGUUCGAUCGGUACCAUGAGCUCGGGCAGUACGCGUUCGGCGAGAAGCUCGGACUCUAUAUCGUGGUCCCUCAGCAGCUGAUUGUCGAGGUCGGUGUCAACAUCGUGUACAUGGUCACAGGAGGGAAGUCGCUGGAGAAGUUCCACGACACCGUGUGCUCGGGCUCGGGCUCGGGCUCGGGCUCGGGCUCGGGCUGCAAGAAGAUAAAGACCACCUACUUCAUCAUGAUCUUUGCCUCUGUCCACUUUGUCCUCUCCCACCUCCCCAACUUCAACUCCAUCUCCGGCGUCUCCCUCGCUGCAGCCGUUAUGUCUCUGAGUUACUCAACCAUAGCUUGGGGAGCCUCCGUAGACAAGGGCGUUCAGCCGCACGUGCAGUACAGCCCCAGGGCCUCGACCACGCCAGGGAAGGUCUUCGACUUCUUCAGCGCCCUGGGCGAUGUGGCUUUCGCGUAUGCAGGGCACAAUGUGGUCCUGGAGAUUCAGGCGACUAUCCCCUCCACUCCUGAGAAGCCGUCCAAGGGCCCGAUGUGGAGAGGAGUCAUUGUCGCCUACAUUGUCGUGGCUCUCUGCUACUUCCCAGUCGCUCUAAUCGGUUAUUAUGUAUUUGGGAACACGGUCAAGGACAAUAUCCUCAUCUCCCUGGAGAAACCGAAGUGGCUCAUUGCAAUGGCAAACAUGUUUGUCGUCAUCCAUGUUAUUGGAAGUUACCAGAUUUACGCGAUGCCGGUGUUUGACAUGAUAGAGACUGUAUUAGUGAAAAAAUUGCACUUCAAGCCAACUGGAACGCUUCGUUUUGUGGCUCGCACUGUCUAUGUUGCAUUCACAAUGUUCAUAGCCAUCACUUUCCCAUUCUUCGGCGGCCUUCUUUCGUUUUUCGGAGGAUUCGCUUUUGCCCCGACGACAUACUUUCUUCCUUGCAUAAUGUGGCUCGCGAUCUACAAGCCGAGGAAGUUUAGCUUAUCCUGGUGGUCAAACUGGGUAUGCAUCAUCUUUGGGCUUUUCUUGAUGAUCUUAUCACCCAUCGGAGGACUCCGGCAAAUCAUCAUCCAGGCCAAGACAUACAAAUUCUAUUCUUAGACUCGCAUGGAAGCGAAUCGGGUUCGUCUGUGAUGCAGACUGAUUCAAAUUUCGAGUGCUCGUCAAGACAGAUCAUGGCCCAUGGGGGGCAAGACUAAAUAUUCAAGCAGGAAUACGUCUGGCGAUCGUUGAUCGAGUCUGGUAGGUUAUUCAUGGAGUAUAAAGUACAUUGUUUGUCUGUGAUGGUUAAAUUUGUGACCAGGGAACUAGGGAAAGAGAACACACUCAAACCCAACUCCUCUAUGCUUCUUUUCUUCCUUUCCUGUGUGCAUAUAUCUUCUCUUGCUGUGUAAUUCUUCUUGAGAAUCGAUAAAAAAGACUCUGGCUUUAAUUAUUCUUCAUUCA